UGGGGAAUGUUCUCAAGAAAAGGCUGAAGGCCUCAGAAAUGCGCGUAAAACUACCCGUUGUAACUGACAGGAUUUUGCCAAGAGAAUAAGGGGCGGGGGAACUGAGAGUUGAAAAUGGAGAUAAGCUGUGAAGACCUGGGGAAAGGUCCAGGCAUUGCCCUCUUUGAAGAGUUUCCAAGAGGGGCAGCACCACAAAAUGUUAACCGGAAAACCCAGGAGCCGCCACCACAGCAGAGGGUGAGCCAAUCUGAAGAAUUCCUGAAGGACCUCCAGCCCCCAGAGCUGAUUCUGGAGAAUUCAGGAUUCACAGAGUCCAUACUGUGGGAAGAUGAUCCUGAAGGGUUCCUGGUCUCCUUUGAGAAAGUUGCUGAAGCUUGUCGAUGGCCGAGAAAAGAAUGGGCAGCUCGGCUUGUGCCGGCCCUUAGCGGAGAAGCAGCCAGAGCCUUUGGAAAGCUGGCUGCUGGUGACAGAGAGGACUAUGGGAAAGUGAAGGCUGCCAUCUUACAAGGGGAUGCGAUCAAAAUGGAGGUCCAGCGCCAGUGCUUCAGGCAGUUCCGCUUCCAGGAGGUGGAAGACCCGCAGAGGGCAUAUGGCCGGCUCCAUGAGCUUUGUCGUCAGUGGUUGAAGCCAGAGAAACACACAAAGGAGCAGAUCCUGGAUCUGGUGGUUCGGGAGCAGUUCCUGGCCAUCCUGCCCCAGGAAACCCAGAAGAGGUUGGAGAAAUGUAGCCCGAAAGCCUGUGCCGAGGCAGUGGCCCUGGCAGAAGACCUCCUGAGGAACCAUCAAGAGGCCAAGAUGUGGAGACUGGAGGAGCCGUUGCAGAAGAUGACCCAGAGUUUCUUGAGAGCAGAGGAGAUGGCGGCCCACUCCGCCGAGAGAGAGAUCUGCAAGGAAGCCAGGCAGCAGGGUGGUGGUGGUGCCACACUUCUAUCCAGCAGAACAACACCCCAAAGUGUCUCUGCUCCCUUGCAUUGCCCUGAUGGAUCAGAGUUGGCAGAAGGUGUCUUGGAUGAGUUUCAGGGGACAGUUGAUUUGAAGGGUGCGACUAUCUUGUCAGAUACAGCAGAGAAGGCUGCGCUCAAUCCAAUUCAGAGCCCUGUGUACUGGAAAGUUUUAGAGGAGGAGGACGAGACCGUUGCUUUCUCAGGAGGACCACUGGUCUUACCCAGCCUGGUUGGACAAGAAAAAGUAGUAUUUGUCCCAAACUCUGAUCAUAUAGAUACAUUCCCAGGCUGGAGCAUGAAAAGGAAGGAAACUGAAAAUUCUCAGCAAGGAAGCCCUGAGCGACAAGGCCCAUCUGUGAUCCGAUCAGGAGAAACCCAGAACACUGUUCCUUUGUGUCCUGGUGUUUCCCUGAGUCCUGGAGUGAUGUGGCAUCAAAUGAGUGACCAAGGGACGAAGCAAGGAGAGCCGACUCUGCAUGGUAUGAGCCAGGCGUUUGCAGAAGGAAUCGCAGAUCUACCACAAGAGAAAAAACUCCAGCGCGGGUACAGAACUUUCUCCUCAAACCUCGCUCAGCACAGGCAGAUUCACACGCGGGAAAGACUUUACCAGUGCUUUGAGUGCGAGAAAACCUUCUGGGGGGUACAUGCCCUUUCUGGCCACCUGAGAAUCCACAAGACCAAGAUGGAGCCCAGAGGCAAGAGGCGACUGCUUGCCAGGGCAUCUCUCACCAAAGGUCAGAGAUUACUCUGAGGCUGCAGAUAUGAGCAGACAAUAGAAACAGUACACGGAUCAGUAAAAUGUUUCCCCUAUUAUGCCCUUUCAGAAGCGGCUCGGUAGGUGGGGCAGAGUUGCUAUGCCUGCUUCCCAGUAGGUGGGUUACUGCUGCUUACCAGGCAAUAGAUGAAUGAGGAGGUUGGCAUGGUGCAAACACACCAGCAGAGAGAGCCAGACCAGUGCUCCUGCCAGUGCCUUUGCACCACACUGACCUUUCCCCCUCUCCCUCCUGUUAAGCAACAGCAAUCCAUCUGCCAGGAAGUUAUAAUAAUGGAUUUGUCCCACCCAGCACAACACCUCUAUGUAAGUUUCAUUCUCUGUGUUGAAGAAUUAAUCAAACUGAUUGGUUGAUCAAACAUUGUGUCUCUUAUCGGGAUGGGUUAAUUCAACUUUCUCUCCAUCCCUGUAGGAAAUGAGGGGCUAAGUAAGUUCAGGGUGGAGACUCCUCAGCGGAAAAGGAAUGAUAGAGAGGGUGUAUCUAAUGGAAGGAUAGCAGAAUUUCCUCAAAGUAAGAUGACACUGGCUCAAGAACCAGAAUGGGAACCUGAAGGGCAGCAGGGAAAGAAGACAGUGAAGACACAAAAUGAGCCCAUCAAGCUCUUAGAUGGCCGCAAGUCCACAAAGGAAACUGUGGCGCACAUGUGGGUGAAAAAAUUGUCGUACUCCUCCCAGCCUGGGAAUGUGUGCCCUAGCACACCAGGAUUUGUAACCCAGGAAACUCCUCCUACAGAGAAGGCACCCUAUCUAUGUCCCUCGUGUGGCAAAACCUUCAUGAACAAGGUCCAUCUUGAAGAUCAUUGUAGGCUCCAUAUAGGAGAUGCUUUAUGGAUGCCCAUUGUGUGGGGAAAAGUUUAACUGGAGAAACUGUGUAUUCAAACAUUUGUGGAUCCAUAG